UGAAACCGAAAGCAAAGCAAGGCUCAGCUGGCCUUGCCUUUCUCCGGCUCCUCCCCUUUCUUUCCUUCCAUGUGACGAUUUCUUGGAAAAGAGCAGCAGUGCUUUCUCUCUCCUGCUUGGCCAUCUCAAGACUUUCCCCUGCAGCUGCGACUUUAUCAACUGCUGCCCCGAAUAUGGAAGAAAGUAACAUUCAAGGAACACUUGUAAAUAAAAUGGAACCACUUAAAGAACCAGCACAAUUCAAGAAUGCAGAGAAAACUGAAACUCCAAGAGCAGUUGUAAAAAAGACAGGAAGUCUCACAGAGCUGGAAGCACUGAUGGCAAAUACUAGCAUUGAAGAACAUAAGACUUCAGAUCUACUUACAAAUGAAAACGGAAAACAGAGAGAAUUAGAAAAACUGAAGGAGAAUGUCAAAACAGCUGAAAAUCUGAAGUCGAACACGCUACUUUUAAAACUUGCUGCUGAUGAAAGAAGGAGAAAUUCUUUGGAUAAGCUGAGAGAACUAAAGGAUCGGGAAGAUAAGAUAGCUCUGGAGAUAAUAAAAACCCAAGAGGAAGCUAGGGUGAAAUUUUCUGAGAUAAAUGAACAAAAUGAUCAGUUGAAAAGGGAAAUCCAGGCCCUUAAAGCCAGACGUGAAGCAAAAAAUGCUAAGUGUGAAGAAUUUGCACAAAGCUAUCGGGUGAGAAAGGCCAUAGCAGAGAAAAAAAUGAAGUGUACACAGCUGGAGAUUAUCAAGAACCAAGAUGACGAUAUGAACAAUAACAUAUCCUGCCUUUUCCAUAUAGCUCCAAAAAUCCCAUUCAGGCUGAGCGAACAAGAAGCUGUCAUCACAUUUGAACAAGAAAGUGUUGCCCAGGGACUGAUUACAAAACAUCGUCACACUGUGAAGCUGGAAAAUGAUGAGGUAUUUCUGCGAGCUAUGCCUGCUACUCUAGAGACAGGACUAACAUUUGAGCUCCAUUCUAAGAUCUCUCUAAGAAAGCUUCAAGUUUCUAACAUCCCAGACCUAAAUAUCCCCAAGGAAUGGAUGAAAGACAAGCUGGAACUGCAUUUUUGCAAAACUAAAUUGGGUGGAGGAGUGCAGAAGGUGGCGUAUGACCCACAGUCACAGAUGGCUCUCAUUACAUUUGCGCAACCUCUAGCUGCUAAUGAUAUUGCACGUUGUGGGCAAAUUCCUUUCUAUACAAGUCAAUGGAUUUAUCCAGUCAUGGUAUCCCCUAUCAUACAGAAUCACCUGGAACAAUUUCAGAUAUUCUCAGGGAUUUCCAGAAAAACCAUCUUGUUAACAGGAAUCAAGGUAGAAGAGGAGGAAGAAGAAAGUGUGGAAGACAUGAUUGUGAUCCAUUUCCAGAAAGCCAGUAAUGGUGGUGGGGAAGUUGAACAUAUCAAAUAUUCCUCAGAGGGAGCCAAAAUUGCUUAUUUUGAGAACGACACAGAUGAUGCGAUAUGAGAGUCCGAGGAAGAGGCUGAAUCUUUGGCUCAUGAAAGCCAUGGCUCGUUUUCUGAUUUUGUUAAGGGCUUCAUAGAAUAAUACAAUAGCAUAGCUCAGAAAAUUACUCUGGAUAGUGUCGCUGAUUUUUUAAAUAUUCUACUAGACUGAAGAUGCAAUUUUGUGCUGGUUUACUCAGAUAUUAACCCAAAUGUGUUGAAUGGGCUUCCUCUCAAGCAGUGUCCACAGGAAUGCAGCUUAAAUUAUGUUGAAAGUGAUGGGACUUGUUCAAGAAUGAACACCUUGGUUCCAGUAGUUCCAAUGCUUUGGAUAUAGAUUUAAACCAUACUUAAAGUUCCAUUGAAUCAAUGGAUGUAACUUCUUUAUAGAGUUACAUGGAUACUUUAACAUGGAGCUCAGGUAAUUGAUUACUUACACAUACUACUGUACAAGCAGCUAGUUUAUAACUGAUUGUGUCAUAUAUGGUUUUGAUGUGAACACUGUGGAUUGAGACUGUCAAAGAAUGGGGCUACCUUUCUGAUAUGCAAGUAGUGGGUGUGAUCUGUGUAUUGAUUGUUUGAAAGCAAACUAUUUGCAGGUCCAAGGGGCAAUUAUAGCUCCAGUGACAACAAACACACAAGUAAUUUUAGUGCAGAAAAUAAAGCCACAAUUGUAUUGAUUACA